GACAACAAUAAAUCAUCUAAAUGUAUAAAUAAAAAACGCGUUGUUUGUUUCGUAUCAUAUCAUCGUUGUUACAGUUAAAUGCAAAUGCAGUUGACGCAUAAUGUAAUUUUUAAUGGCCAAUUUCCGUGGACCCACGCAAUUAACGGCAAUCAAGUAUCAUGCCUGUUUCAGAUAAGAACGCCGGACGAUCGAUCACGGGACGUAAAAAUUGGGUCGAAACGCAUUUUCACCGAGUGCACUCUAGACAAUGGGGCACGAGGACCUGCUGUUAUACAUCAUCUUUUCACGAUCGUUUUCGAUUGAGACAUUUUUUACAUGAAUUGGGUUGAACACGUCGUUUGUCACGAUUUAAUUGCUUAUAUAUAGGCGGCAACCGUUUUGAACGAUCAGUAGUUAAUAUACGAUGAUUGUGGUUUUAUUCGGUUUCUUCAGUACGGUUCGUGGGGACGUCAAUGGAGGGUACUUCUAUCCCCAGCCGUUUCCUCCUUUGCAGUUUGAUGAACCGACUUCAGUCCCAAACGUUUACGUCCCCCCGACUCCGAAGCCUCAGGAUGAUGGGCUGAAGCCUCCGGUUUCGGGGUAUUUACCCCCCGAGCAGUUUCCUCCCUUGGGGACGUCGCCUGACAUCUUCAGCGACGAUACAGUGCCCAUUAAUCCGGUACCAACAGUCUAUGGGCCGCCACCACCUCAGAUCAAAGUCAUCAACAUGUCCUGCGAAUUGGAUGCUAGUUUCCAGUGCACGAUUAAGCUAGCGGGGCAAAGUACAAUAGUGCCGGAAGAGGGAAAUCAAAACUGUUUGAUCCCAUUGUCCGGCAACACCUUCCAGAUGAAGAUGCAAGGCUUGAACCGCAUGGGGGAGUGUGGAGUUAAAAGGUGCACGAACGGAAACGGUAAAGUUAACAUGUGUGUGACUCUUAGGAUGCCAACUGUAAACAACUUGAAACUCCCUGAGGACGCAACAGUGAAUCUGCAAUGCUCCCCACAGGAAAGCGUUGUGGCCCACACCAAACACAUACGAAUUGGUUCCAACGUUAUAACUGCCAACAGGGGAAGAUCUAGCAGUGGCAACUCAGUGGUUGUCUCCGGGGGUGGUCAAAGAAACUUCGACUCCAAAUUGAAUCUCUUCAGAAAGUCCACGGGGAGCGACAACUUCGACCAACUAGUUUUGCCAGGAAGCACCGUAACUCUAGGCGAAGAACUCGUACUGAGAGCUGCUGUUCAGGACGGCGACGGUAAGUUUAUCGUUCACAUAUUUCAGUGGAACCAGUCGUUGAUAACCCACAUUUCAGGUUGGCAGGGAAGUAAAAUAAGCUUGGUGACAAUCAGAAGCGGUUCCAUUCAAAAGUCCAUCAACCUUUUAGACGAAAACGGUUGUCCGAUACCUUCGAUGCGUCACGUUUGUCCUCAUGAACCCAAACACUUGACUCAUUUGAUAACAAUACUGCCGUUCAGGGCGUUUUUGUUCCAAGGGGCUGGAAAGGAUGAUGUGAUGCUGUUGUCUGUGAAAAUCACCGGUUGUGCCAGAUCGCAGGACUGUAAUCAGAACAUUUGUGGUGAUCCGUCCAAGACGAAUUUGAGGUUCAGGAGGGGAUUGUCAGGAAAUGGAACGGGGAAAAGGGAAAUGACUGAUUGGGAAACUGAAUUCCAGUUCAGGGUUAGUGAUGAGCCGGAAAAGGGGAGUUUUACCGAAAAAAUCCCAGGGGAAUACAUUGUUUUUCUUUCCACGUUCGGGUUGUUGGUUUUAAUUGUGCUGAUUGUGUUGGUCUUAAGAAAAAUAUUCCGAAGGGAUAAUUAAAUUAUUGAAUUGUUAUUUCUGUAUUUUCAUAGCAAAAUAAAGCUCUAUUUUUGUAUUUAA